UUGCCCCAGCUCUCUGGGCUCCCCAAAAUGAGCCGCCAAUUCACCUGCAAGUCGGGAGCUGCCACCAAGGGAGGCUUCAGUGGCUGCUCAGCAGUGCUGUCUGCAGGCAGCUCAUCCUCCUACCGGGCAGGAGGCAAAGGGCUCAGCAGGGGCUUCAGCAGUCGGAGCCUCUACAGCCUGGGGGGCUCCCGGAGCUUCUCUUUCAACGUGGCCAGUGGCAGUGGGCGGGCAGGGGGCUAUGGAUUUGGCUGGGGCCGGGCCAGUGGCUUUCCUGGCAGCAUGUUUGGCAGUGUGACCUUGAGGCCUGCCUGUCCAUCCUUGUGUCCACCUGGAGGCAUCCAUCAGGUCACUGUCAACAAGAGCCUCUUGGCCCCCCUCAACGUGGAGCUGGACCCUGAGAUCCAGAAAGUGCGUACCCAGGAGCGGGAGCAGAUCAAGGCUCUGAACAACAAGUUUGCCUCCUUCAUCGACAAGGUGCGCUUCCUGGAGCAGCAGAACCAGGUGCUGGAGACCAAGUGGGAGCUGCUGCAGCAGCUGGACCAGAACAACUGCAGGAACAACCUGGAGCCCAUUCUCGAGGGCUAUAUCAGCAACUUGCGGAAGCAGCUGGAGACGCUGUCGGGGGACAGGGUGAGGCUGGACUCUGAGCUGAGGAGUGUGCGAGAUGUGGUGGAGGACUACAGGAAAAGAUAUGAAGAGGAAAUAAACAAGCGCACAGCUGCUGAGAAUGAAUUUGUGGUGCUUAAGAAGGACGUGGAUGCGGCUUACAUGAGCAAGGUGGAGCUGCAGGCCAAGGUGGACGCUCUGGACGGAGAAAUCAAGUUCUUCAAGUGCCUGUAUGAGGGGGAGAUUGCUCAGAUCCAGUCCCACAUCAGUGACAUGUCUGUCAUCCUGUCCAUGGACAACAACCGGAAUCUGGACCUGGACAGCAUCAUCGCCGAGGUCCGAGCCCAGUACGAGGAGAUUGCCUUGAAGAGCAAGGCCGAGGCUGAGGCACUAUACCAGACCAAGUUCCAGGAGCUGCAGCUGGCAGCUGGUCGGCAUGGGGAUGACCUGAAAUAUACCAAGAAUGAAAUCUCAGAACUGACGCGUCUUAUCCAAAGGCUGCGCUCUGAGAUCGAGAGUGUGAAAAAGCAGUGCACCAACCUGGAGACGGCCAUUGCCGACGCUGAGCAGCGGGGGGACUGUGCCCUCAAGGAUGCCCGGGCCAAGUUGGAUGAGCUGGAGGCUGCCUUGCAGCAGGCCAAGGAGGAAUUGGCACGGAUGCUGCGGGAGUACCAGGAGCUCCUGAGCGUGAAGCUGGCCCUGGACAUCGAGAUUGCCACCUACAGGAAGCUGCUGGAGGGCGAGGAGUGCAGGAUGUCUGGAGAACACACCAGCUCCGUGAGCAUUUCGGUCAUCAACAGCUCAGCACCCGGCACAGUGGGCGCAGGGGCUGGCUUUGGGUUCGGUGGCACCGGCGCCUAUGGCUACUGGCCCAGUUCUGUCAGUGGGGGGUACAGCUUGCUGUCUGGGGGCUGUGUCACUGGCAGUGGAAACUGCAGUCCCCGUGGGGAAGCCAAAGUCAGGUUGGGGAGUGCAAGUGAAUUCAAAGACACCCAGGCAAAGACCUUGGCCCUGAGCUCACCCACCAAGAAAACCACGAGAUAG